AUGCCUCAUGGGAUGAUGUGGCGGCCAAUUUACGCUGGGAGUCAGGGCACCAACCAGCUGAAGAGCAUCACUUUCUGGGGGGCCGUGCUUAUUGUGCACGGCGUAGUGCAGGAAUGGAAGGAUCUUGAGAUGUACCUCGUCAUAAACGGUACAACUAUUGGGUCAGCAUGUAACGACCUAAAAGUGCUGAAACUGAAUCAGCUACGUGGGGUGUGCAGCAACACAGCACUGGGAGCGUCCAAGGUGGCCGCAGCUGGUCCUGACCUCUUGCACGUGAAGGGGUCACUGGAGAUGGGUGCGUGCGUGUCUGGGAGGGGAUGGCCAGAGGAAUAG